AUGGUCGACAGCAAUCCUCAUCGGGACGACUCCUCCAGAGGAUACACCGCGUCGUCUGCACAUAUCCCUCCAGCCCAGGAGCCGUCCGAAGACCGGGCGACCUCCAAGUCGAAUCCCCACCACGAUGAAGCCGAUAGUGAUCUUCCCUCCUCCCAGCGAUACUACCCCCAAAAUGUGAACCAACACUCCCGUGGGUUUGAUCAGUCAGGCUUCCCCUUGACUGCGGAUUCUCGGGCUGUUGUUGCAGAAUCCCCACCAUCGCCGCGGCUUCAACCUACAUAUCGUUCCACCAGAUCUUUGGGCGCGUCAGAAGCGAGUUCUCCGAGUCGCAUCAAGUUAAGAGAUUUGUCACACAUCCGAAGCCUUGCCAGUGAUGAAUACCUAGCCCGCCCUCGACUGGGUGGAAGGUCAGCCAGUGCCUUCUCCGAUGCGGGAAAACAAUAUGAAAUCAGCGCCAUGCCAGUUACCGACAUCAUUGAGAUGGUCGCAGGCCUUCUCACAAAGAUAACCACCACAAACGAUCGACAACACGAGCAUCAUCGCCCCAUUCCACUCACAGAGGAACAGAGCCACCUCAAUCCGCACGCAUCUUGUGUGCUGGCUUUCCACGGCAAGAACGUUCCGGGAAUAACAAUCCUGAGCUAUCUGAGUAGAAUUCAUAAGUAUUGCCCUACCACAUAUGAAGUUUUCCUGAGCUUGUUGGUCUACUUCGACCGUAUGACUGAGAUGGUCAACCGGGGCCUGCUACGGGAUGGGCAGAGGCGACCCACAGAUUCACCUGCCACCGCCCCGGAGUCUUCUACUCCCACUCCCCGGUCUCCUGUAUCGAUGCAUGUGGACAGUCCCCAGGAGCAUCAUGACAUUACCAACCCGGCGUCUCCAGCCGACUCACGACCUCAGUCUCAACAAACACCCACUUCGCCUCCUCAGCCAGGCAGCGCACAAGACUUAUGCCAGUUCUUCGUCGUUGACAGCUACAACAUACACCGUCUUGUAAUCGCCGGAGUCACGUGCGCCAGCAAGUUCUUCUCGGAUGUCUUUUACACCAACUCGAGAUAUGCAAAGGUUGGAGGUCUGCCCCUAGCCGAGCUCAAUAACCUCGAGCUCCAGUUCCUCCUUUUGAAUGACUUCAGGCUUUCCGUGCCGGUAGAGGAACUCGAAGCUUAUGGUACGAUGCUUGUCGAGUUCUAUGCUCGAGAGCUACUUGCACAACAACAAAUUAUCGAACAGCAGCAACAAGGUGGCUCCGCUGUUUCAUCACCUCCUUCGGCUGGGGGGGGAGAGGGCAUGUACAUUCGCGGCGGAUCGUCCUCGCAGGCUGAUGCACCGUAA